UUGAGUUUCACGGAAUGGCUCAGAUUGAGCACUCCAUUCUUAUUUUUAAUUAGUGUGUGGUUUGAUUUUGAUUUUGAACCUAGUUUGAUUUCCAAGUCAAAUAUGGAAGGGAUUUUUUUUGGUUCCUUCAGAAUUUAUCUUAAUGUUAUAUAUACUCUCUUCAUUGUUAUCUUUCUCAUUCCUCUGUUUCAGUGUGUCCAAGCAACAGCAUCUUCUUACACAACUGGGUCAAGCAUAGGUCCACUAGCAAUAGAUUAUUGCCUUGUGCUCCGGGCAAUACACGGUAGUAUCAACACGCAUGUUUCAUUUUCAUUUCAUGUAAUAGCCUUUAUGAUUAUGUUACUGGGGACUCUUGGAAAAAUGAACCACAAUCUGUAGGCCAAGCAUUAGUCAUAUAUACAAAGUUCUUGAUUUGAUUGGUUGACUGACUUGAAGAAUCAUCUUCUUCUAAAUCAAUUCUUCUCUUUAUAAAUAGAUGAAACUUUUAAUCUAGCUCAAUACAAUUUAAGCUCACAUUUCUCCAGCAACUCUUAAAGAUAUGAAGGGUUCAAAUUUUCUUUCAAUAGCUAUGAUCUUUAUGUUUCUAUCUUCAUCCUUGAGCUUGGGUUGUGUCACGUCGGAGAGGCGGGCUCUUCUUAAUCUCAAAGAAGGCCUUCAAGAUCCUCUAAAUGAGCUCGCAUCUUGGAAGGGCUUCGACUGCUGCAGCUGGAACGGAGUUGAUUGCGACCACAGCACUGGGUUCAUCUCUAGUCUCAAGCUAAACAACACGGCAUUAGGUGGUAAGAUCAGUCCUUCUAUACUUGAAUUGAAGCACUUAACAUCUUUGGAUCUCAGCUUGAACGAUUUCAACGAAACCAACAUACCGGAAUUUGUUGGUUCCUUAAGAGAACUGAAGUAUCUCAAUCUCUCGUCCUCGAACUUUGGUGGGCCAAUCCCUCACCAGCUCGGUAACCUUUCUAAACUCGAAUACCUUGACCUUGGAGCCGGAUGGAGCAGUGUGAUUAAUAGGCUAAGCGAUCAUGAUCUUGGUUGGGUUUCUAAUCUUUUUUCUUUGAGGUACAUUGAUAUGGGUGGAGUGAACCUCACAAUGGCGAAUAAUUGGCUUGAUGAGUUCAAUAAGCUUCCUUCUCUCUUAGAACUUCGAUUGUCGUCGUGUUCCAUAAACGUCAUUCCUUAUAGUCUUCCUUUCCUCAACCUUAGCUCUCUUACUGUUCUUGAUCUUUCUAGUAACAAUAUCAAUUCAACAUUACCGCCGUGGAUCUUUAACAUGACAAGUCUCUCUAUGCUCGAUCUUGGCGUUAACGCCUUUCAUGGGGAAAUCCCGGAUGCCUUUAAGAGUUCGUCUUCUCUUUCGACCAUCAUCCUCCACUUUAAUCAUUUAGAGGGCAAAAUACCAACAACAACGGGAACACUCUGCAAAAUCGAAUAUGUGGAUUUCUCAUGGAACAACUUCAGUGGGGAGAUAACCGAAUUAGUGGAAGGGCUAUCUCAGUGUCAUCCAGCGCCAAAUUUGACGCAACUUAUCCUAGCCCAUAAUUUGCUAUCUGGUUCUAUACCUUCAUCUACUGAGAAUUUGUCGUCGUUGCAAGUACUCUUUCUUCAAUCUAAUAGACUAACCGGAGUCAUUCCAGAGGGUCUGGGACGGCUAUCGAUGCUAAGACGAUUAGAUGUGUCCUCCAAUCUAUUAAAUGGUGUUAUUUCCGAAGCACACUUCGCGAACCUUAGUAGGUUGAAGGAGUUCGAUAUCUCUUUGAAUAACAUAUCUUUAACCGUGAGCUCCGACUGGGUUCCUCCUUUUCAGCUUAACAUCAUCUCCAUGCCAUCUUGCCAUUUGGGUCCUGAUUUUCCCGCGUGGCUUCGAACCCAAAAGGGCUUCUCCGAACUGGACAUCUCCAAUGCGGGCAUUUCGGAUACACUCCCGGACUGGUUCUGGAACUUGACAAGGUCCCUUCCUCUGUUUAAUCCUAACAUCACGGUGUUGCACCUCUACGACAAUUCAUUUGAAGGAACUGUUCCUUUAGAUAUCGGAGCAACAUUACCUAUGUUGAAAAAUUUAUUGCUUUCAAAUAAUCUCAUAACCGGUACCAUCCCUUCGAGCGUAUGCGAGAUGGAAUAUUUAGAGGUUCUUGGGCUUGCCAACAAUUUCUUAUCAGGAGAAUUGCCGCGGUGCUGGGGAAGCACACAACUUCUGAAAAUACUCGAUUUCGGAAAUAACAACUUUCAUGGAAGCAUUCCUGCAUCACUUGGCUCCUUAACGUUUCUUGUUUCCCUGCACUUGAACAACAAUAGCCUCUCAGGGAAGCUCCCUGAGUCACUGAAAAACUGCACUGGUUUAGUUACACUUGAUCUCGGCGACAACCGAUUAGCAGGAGAAAUACCAAUCUGGAUGGGAGAGAGCUUUCCGAAUUUGAUGGUCCUUCGACUUCAUUCGAAUAGAUUUGUUGGUAAAAUCCCGACGGAACUAUCACUUCUCACUUCACUACAGGUGUUGGACAUCGGGAACAAUAGUCUCUCAGGAACUAUUCCGAUAUCUUUCGGCGAUUUUACUGCGAUGAUCGAGACUCAGAAAAGCGGAGAUCUUCUGUACGAAAUCUGGGGCAGUUAUGUCGAUAAUGUGGUGCUCUACAUGCAAGGGAGAGAGCUAACAUACACUAAGACGCUUGAUUUGGUUACAAGUAUAGACCUCUCGAGCAACAAACUGCACGGGAAAAUACCUGAUGAGCUAACGAAUCUUGUGGGUCUAAUCGAUCUCGAUCUCUCGAACAAUGAGCUCGUCGGAAAAAUCCCCGAAAAGAUCGGUGCUCUUAAAAUGCUAUUGUCUUUGGAUCUAUCAAGAAACAAACUUUACGGUCCGAUCCCUCCGAGCUUAUCGACCAUGACCUCUCUGAACCACUUGAACUUGUCAUACAAUGAUCUAAGCGGGCGAAUUCCGACCGGUUCCCAGCUCCAAACGUUCAACGAUCCGUCAAUUUACGUUGGAAACACCGAUUUGUGUGGGCCGCCGUUGAGCAACAAAUGCCCGGAUGAUGACAAACAUCCGAAAACAAAUGCUACUGCUAGUCAUGAAAAUGAAUCUGAAGCGGUGUGGUUCUAUUCUAGCAUUCCACCAGGAUUUGCAUUUGGGUUGUUGCUUGUGUACGGUGUGAUGUUAUUUAAGAGCACCUGGAGGUUUGCAUUUUUCUUGUCCAUUGAUAGCAUGUAUGAUUGGUUUUAUGUGACAAUUGGGGUGAAUAUGCGCAGACUGAGGAGAAAGUUUGGGGCUGAAUAAGUGUAUUAAAUUAUCAGAUUUGUAAUGUGCAUGAUUUUUACUUCUUUUAAACA